UUCGCCAUCAUUAUGCUCACCCUUGUUGCGCUACUUCUCACCGCGUUCGCGUCUCCUGCCAUAUCCUGCAGCGAGUCCUCAUGGAUAACCUUCUCUCGAUCAUGCCUGGGCCCACCUCAGGUAUGGGAGGCACGACCCAGCCCAGGCAAGGGCAUUGGUGUAUACGCUACCAGAGUCAUCGAACCGGGCGACACCAUUUUGUCUGAGCCAGCGAUGAUCCACAUCACCCCUCCCGAAUUUCGAGACGGCGUUGCAUAUCCCCUGGGCGACAUCAACACGCUCCUACAAUCGUCUUUCGAUGCUCUUUCCCCGGAACAGAAAACAGAAGUCAUGUCUCUCCACGCCCACAUGUCACCUUCAGAGGAUGCCAACGACACGCUCAUGGCCAUUAUGCGUAGCAAUGCAUAUACUACCGGUAACAGCCUCGGAUUGUUUCCCAAGGGCGCGCGCAUCAAUCACUCAUGCCGUCCAUCUACUAGUCAGUACUGGAACCCUCAGACAGGUCGCCGCAUUGUGUACGCAAAUCGGCGCAUUGAAGAAGGCGAAGAGAUUUUCGCUACCUACAUCCCCUUGCUGUACAGCCAUGAGGCUCGCCAGAGACGCCUCGACCAGUACGGUUUCAAAUGCACCUGCGAAGCCUGCGCGCAGGAGCAGGAAGCGCGACAAGCCAGCGAUCAGCGCAGACAGGACCUCCAGAAGGCGUUCGUUGCGUUUGAGCCGCAGCUCACGUUGUCCGUUCCGCAGUCGGUCGUGGGCAAGAGGAAGGCACGGAAGAACGCUGAAGCGAGCGUUCAGCUGGUCGAGCAGCUCGAAGAAGAGGGACUUGCGGACUACUACGUCAAGGCAUAUCACAUCGCCGCUAUCGCGCAUGCCAGAAUUGAGGAUUGGAAGCCGGCUACGCUGUGGGCGAAUAAAGGAUUCGAGACGAGUUUGCUGGCGGACCCGAAUGCGCGCUCGACGGGUGCGAGGGAGUUGCAGGCUUUGACGAACCAUCUGAUCAUCAAGUGGAAUGAGGAGUUGAGAGAGAAUAUGACGCGGCACGGUUGAACUGUUUGCAGGCUUUGACGCCAUCGAAAAACCAGCAUGUUGACAAGCAAGACGAUGGGCCAUUCGAACUACACUUUUCCAGGUGAAGGCCAUGUCUGGACGAAUUGAGGCUGCCACAUUGGACAAGCAGCUUAUGGUGAGCACGAGGAUGAAAUACUUCCUCGCUUCUGCCAACGUUGCACCGCGACUUAGUCAACAGCUUUCAGAUGAUUGCAUACCGGAGGCGAUGGACAUGAUGCACGAGGAUAGCUUACCUUGACCUGGUAUGGCAUUCCAGUGUAAGCAAGGUUGUGGGUUUGAGGAAAAACC